GGCUGGGACUAUGUCGGUUGCCUGCAGAUUGCGGCACCUCCUCGGGCAGUACAAGCAGCAGACUGUGGCGCAGAACAGCUUCUCGAAGGUGGUGAGCAAGCGGCUGACCCUGGUCAGCACCGCCGACAACCUGUGGAAGGCGGAGUGGCAGUUCCCGCUUGUGCAGUUCGAUUGCCAUCCGUUUUCCAUGGCGGCGGAGGGGCAGACGGUGCACGGAGGCCUCAUCGCCACCGUCAUAGAGGACGCCACGACCAUGCAGAUCUGCGCCAACGACAGCCGAAGCCGCAAGGGCGUCACCACAGACCUGAACCUGAGCUUCGUUGGCGUGGGAAAAGUGGGCCGGACUAUCCAGAUAGACUCCACGAUCUUGAAGAUCGGCAGCGUCUUGGGCGUGGCCGAGGCGCGGGUGAAGGACACCAGCACCGACAAGGUUAUCGCCGUGGGGCGGCACACCCUGAUGUUCGUGGGGGCGGACAACUCUGCCACGACCUUCAGCCAGAGCAUGAACUCUGUCUUCGACGUCUGA